CUUCUCUGUUUCCAAGCCCUAGCGAGAGGUCUGUACUGAAGCAUGUAGAACCACCGUCCUACUACCUGACACUUACGCCCUGUUUGCUAGUUUGCUAUUGUUUGACGCCCCGUUGGUAACAUUCAAAGGCUCUCAAAUUCCACAACGGCAGAGGAGAAAGCGAUGUUUGCGGUUUCUUAAGCCGGUAACCCUAGUUCCAGCCAUGCCCCCUUCCUCGUCGCCCCAUGCUGUCGAGUUCUUAAAGACUUAGGCACACCCAGAUCAACCGACAAUGAGACUUGCUCAGCGGACUCCUGCACUUGUCGUUCGCGAGUAGAGGGCCCCCCCAGCUCAAGUUUCUCCCCGGCUUCACAAUGACCAGAUUUCUCCUCGCGCUUCUCUUCCUCGGGCUCGGGCUUUUCCAUGCGGCCCUUGCUGCUCCGGAACAGUAUCCAGAAGUGAUUCCCGGUCCCGGGUUACCGUCACUCGCCGAGCUCAACCUGACCUCCGCCGACCUCUAUACGCGACCAAUGCCCGACGUCAAAGGUGAGGUUGUUAACCUAGCUGAACCUUUUGCGCCCCUCCUUCCCUUUUGUUCACUUUUCUCGAUAACCGAGCCCAAAGCUUUCCGACUGACCUGGCCUUUGCUUACACAACACGCAGCGCUACUUGCCCGCAACCCGACUCUGAACCGGCGGUAUGAGCCCCGCUGCGGGCCGAGCGAAGACGCAUAUGCCAACGCUACCGAAAUAAUCGCGUGCUUCCACCUCCUGCUCAACCUUCCCAGAAGCACCAAGUGCGGGGCGUCGCGCGUUCUCGACGGCAAUAGCUAUUGCAAGAGUGGGAGCUCCGAGAUUGCUGUCUUCAGUCAGUCCGGCAAUUGGACGGUAUCCACCUGGCAAGUCUUUUCAUACCUUUGGCUGAACAUACCGAGACAUGGCCGAGGACAGAUGGUUGCUGACUUGAUUGUCGACUCAGCUACGACGUGGCGUAUGGGGCGCUCUGGGUGAUCGAUCACUGCACCCGGCCGGAUAAUACCUGCGCUGGUAUGUAUCUCUG